AUGCCCCGGCUCACAACAAGGGCUAUCCUCGAAGCAAACAAAUACGACCGCCUACUUCCUCUUCUCUUAAAAGAGUGUCGCUCACUCAGCUCUGCGGUAAAUGAGUUUCGAUGGCUUCAGGAACGAGCACAGCGUGUCGUAUCUCUGAAGUCGAUGCACGACAGGAAUGGCUGGAAAAAAGCCCCGUCUGGCAGGAGAAGGCUCCUGAAAUCAAUGUGUCUGGCACGAUCCAGGGGUGUGCCCCUCCAGUAUAUACUUGGUGAUCAGCCCUUUGGUGAACUUGACAUCAAAUGUACGAAAGGUGUUUUAAUUCCGAGGCAUGAAACGGAAGCUAUAACUAUCCACACCGCGAAGCUGAUACAGGAUCGCAUGACCUGUGUGGAAAGGGAUGGAGCAGCACCCCUACGCAUCUUGGAUCUGUGUACGGGCACGGGGUGUAUAUCACUACUUCUGCACAGCCUGCUUUCGCCCUGUUUUCCGCGAUUAUCAAUUGUCGGUGUUGACGUUAGUGCCAUAGCUAUCAGAUUGGCGAAGGAAAAUGUCGAGCGGAACGUUCGCUUGGGAUUACUGUCAGAACGUGCUCUAAAUGAAGUCGACUUUCAACACGGCGAUGUGCUCGGGCUUAGCUCUGGUCCUCUCUCACAACUGGAAGGCCUUUUCGACCGUACGACCGGUCUAUCUGCAUCUUCUGGACCUCGCUGUGAUGUCAUCAUCUCCAACCCGCCGUAUGUUUCCGUCGAAGAAUACCAUGACGGAACAACAUCGCGCAGUGUCCGAUUGUUUGAACCAAGGCUUGCACUAGUGCCGCCGGACAGUACUCUUUCAAGUAUAAUAGAAUCAAAGCAUGUCCGGCGUGAAGACAUAUUUUACUAUCAUAUCGCAUGCUUGGCAGCACUUUUUAGAGCCAGAAUGACGGUGCUAGAGUGUGGGAACCGUUCCCAGGCAAAAAGGGUCGCCACCCUAUGCAAAUCUGUCACUGGAGAGCAUGGUUAUUGGGAUGGUCCAGUACUGGUUGAUGUUUGGUCAGUGACGGGCUCUGAUACAGGUCCCAGUGCAGUGAUUAUAUAUAGUCCUAGAUGA